AUGAAGACUUCUUGGAUAUGUAGCUUAGUAAUACUACUCAUUUUUACGCUGUGUGGAAUUCAGGCAUCGUUGGGUACAGAUGUUUUGGACAACGCCGCUCCAAAUUCUGAUCUGCUAAUAAGGGAACGUCGAGAUGAAGAGCCACAGUAUCCAGAUGACCUCUAUGAUUCUGGUGAGCAAGAUCGCUGGCCAACCCUGGACGAACUAUCUAAGUACAAGAGAAGAGUAUCUGCCAAAAGAGGAGGAAUUUUGAAUGGCCCUGCUGGAUUGUAUGAUCUUCUGUCAACAAAACCCAGACCAGCACCAGAGAGGAGGACCAUUGACAGUCUUAAAGAUGCCUAUGUGGCUGAGCUUCUGAAAAGGCAUCGCAUGCCCCGGAGUCCAGAGUUGACCACAGUGGAGCCAGACAUAGAUCAACCAAUCUCUGACCGAGUCAUUGUGAAUGAAAGUAAAAUGAUGACUUAUCUGAGU